AUGAGGCUUAGUCAUAUUGAAGCUCGAUUGGAGCAGCAGCUCAAUCUCAAGGAUCUUAUCUCAAGUUCAGUUGAGAAUCUCGUCCGAAUAGGACAUGGCAAGGUUAAACCUCAGAGAGCACGCGCUCGGCUAUCAGCUCUUCAUGAAAUUUGGGAAAAAUUCUCAAUCGUGCAUGAAGCGAUCGCUUUGUCCAUGACAAAAAUAACACAAGGAGAACAGGUACUAUUGAAGCAACAUUCAUACUUCUUAGACAAUUCGUAUUCAAACACGUAUGAGUGUUAUCUCGAAGCAAUAGAGAAAAUGACUUCCUACCUCGAAAUUGAUAAUGAAAGUUUCACUGAAACACCAGAGCCUGCGUCCUCUUCACAAUUCUCUAAUCCUCCUGUUUAUCUCCAUCACGCUCGCCUCCCACGAAUUGAUAUUCCUAAAUUCAAUGGAUCCUCCGCUGAGUGGCUAUCCUUCAAGGAUCUGUUCACCUCUCUCAUAAUAGCAAAUCCCACAUUGACUGCUGUAGAAAAGCUACAGUAUCUCAAAACAAAUCUAACCGGGUCAGCUGCCCAGCUUUUAAAGAACACAGCUUUGACAGCUGAGAACUUUCAAAAGGCAUGGGAAGCGUUGAUUUCAUUUUAUGAAAAUAAAAGGCUUCUUGUUCACUCCGCUCUACACUCUUUAAUGACUCUCAAACGCAUGAACAAGGAAUCUGUAGCGGAGAUGGAACAACUAUACUCAAAUAUAACUCAAAUUUAUCGCACACUCGAAGCCCUACAAAGGCCUGUCCACUCAUGGGAUGAUAUAUUUAUUUUUAUCACUGUACAACGUCUUGAUUCAGAAUCCAUCAAAUAUUGGGAGCAACAGUUAGGCUCAACGAAAGAACCUCCCACAUGGAAACAAUUUAAUGAAUUUCUAAUGUCACGCCUACUCUCUCUUCAGGCAUUCGAAAAAUCUAGAACCGGAAAAUCUGCUCAUCUCUCACAGUCAUUCACUGGGAAAUCACAUUUUCAAAGUAAGGCUAAGGAAUUCUCUACAGAUAGGACUCAUUCAUGCAUUUUGUGUGCCUCCAAUCACUACAUUUCAAAUUGUCCUCAAUACAACUCUAAAAUCGUUCAACAAAGGAACAUUCUCGUUCAGAAGAAAGGGCUUUGCUAUAACUGUCUUGGGCAUCAUAAGGUUUCCGCCUGUCGCACAACUAAGCGUUGUACAAAAUGCGGACGGAAACACCAUACCACUCUUCAUCAGAACACUCAAUCGAAAGGGAAACCUGCUCAAAUCGAAAAGUCACGAGCUGACCAACCAUGUGAAUCCAAGCCACCAGAAACAAACCUUCCUCAAGCAGUUAUAAAUCAUUGCUCUAUCCCCUCAAAUGUUUUGUUGGCGACCGCUCAAGUUCGAAUUGUCUCUGAUAAGGGACAAAUUGUAGAAGCAAGAGCUUUAAUUGAUCAAGGCUCAGAACUUACGUUAAUCUCUGAACGAAUUGUUCAGCUACUUCAUCUACCAAGGAAGCAUUCUAUUAUUUCGUUAGUUGGAGUUGGUGGAAAAAGGUCAAAUAAAACGAAAGGGUCGACUUCGUUUACAAUACAAUCUCACUUCAACUCUAGUAUUGAACUUUCCAUAACAGCGCACAUAUUAGUAAAAUUAACUAAUUCUCUUCCAUCAGUUCAAUUUCCCACUCAGGAUUGGCCACACUUGAAAGACUUGACCUUAGCCGAUCCUGGUUACUCAACGCCAGGACCCAUUGAUCUAAUCAUUGGAGUCGACUUCUACUCUCAUAUAAUAGAAGAAGGCCUUAUUAAAGGAAGUUCGACCUCACCUAUAGCUCAACGAAUCAAACUCGGUUGGAUUUUAUCCGGAAACACUAACCAACACAUUGUCCCUGCCGUGUCACACAGCUAUUGUGUUUCCUCUGACAACGACUUGUAUGAGCUGUUGCAACAAUUUUGGAAAGUUGAGGACCUUAAUCUCACUCCCCCAUCUCGUUUAUCAAAGGAAGAAGAAAACUGUGAAAAUCAUUAUAAAAGCAAUCAUGCACGGGAUAAGGAGGGUCGAUACAUUGUUAGGCUUCCAUUAAAACGUUCUCCAACGGAGUUGGGCAAUUCCCGCAUAAAGGCACUGAAUAUAAUGUAUCAUCAGCAAAAACGGUUGUCCACUGAUCCAAACUUCGCUGCUGCCUACUCUGAUUUCCUCGGCUCGAAUUAUUAG